GGAUCUAAAUGCUGAGCUUUCGGAAAACCAAAAAACGAUUUUAAAACAGGCGACCACAUGUAUCCGUUAGGGGGAUGUUAAUUAACAUUUUUGCCAUGAAAGUAUUUUUCUGCGGGUUUCGUUCGUGUUAAUUUUUUAUUCAAUUUUAUUACUGUUACUAAGUCAUAGAGCUCGUAGAAUAACUCUGGGUCUGGGACGAUUAUGGUACCGGUAUCGAUUUUUAAGAACGGUCCAUAUCUGGGCUUGUCUGCUGUCAGUUGUCAACUUGUCAUGUUCUUGUCAUUUCGUCAUUAGUUUUUAAGAAAAUGCGACGAAUAGACGCGAAACGAAAUGUUUUUGAAAGAAGAAAAGAACGGUGUCGAGAAAAUUUCAGCAAUAGGUAAAUGAUUGUUUGUCAUGUUACAAUAUGUUACUAAAAUGUUUUUAUUUUUUUACGCCCAUCCGAUCGUAAUCUUAUCUAACAGCUAUUGAAAAUCUCGAAUCCCCUCCCCCCUUAAACUAUUGACGCAGUAGCAAGAACUGAUAACCGAGGAAAUAUCCUCACAUGUAUCAUCUCCUUGUUUUUGUUUUAAAUAACCAUGCAAUUUGCAUCUCGUGUGCUUACACAAAACAUUGAUGUUUCGUUUGUCGUUAAACAGUUUCGCGAGGUGGUAAAGGAUUGCCAGUUACCCAACUCUGAAGAUGCUUACCUUGCACGGUGGCUCAUCGCCCGUGAUUUUGACAUUGUUAAAGCUGAAAAAAUGCUCCGAAAUUCACUGGAAUGGCGCAGUCAAUUCAAAAUCGACAGUGUUCUAAACGACGACUACAAGCCACCGGAAGUUUUGACAAAUUACCUUUCAGCUGGUAUCGUUGGACAAGACAAAUUGCUAAACCCUGUAUGGAUCGUUCGAUACGGAAAGACGGAUAUGAAAGGGAUCCUUCGUUCGGCGAAAAAGAUGGAUUUCAUCAUGUACUAUGUUUAUUUGGUUGAAGGCUUAAUUGCAAAGUUCGCAGCUGAUCCGAAGAAGUACAACCGCGUGCCAGAUGCAUUAGUUCAAUCAAUAAUCAUCUUCGACUUGGAAGGCCUGUCCAUGCAGCACGUCACUAACAAAAAAAUUAUAGAUUUGAGCAUCAAACUUGCUAAAUUCUACGAGGCGAAUUAUCCCGAGUACCUUCACUGUGCGUUUGCUGUUAAUGCGCCAAAGAUUGUGUCAAUACUGAUCACCAUCAUGAAACCCUUCUUGCCCGAAAAAACCAUGAGUAAGGUUCAUAUAUUCAGCCACGAUGACAAAGUAUGGAAAGCGGCCAUUCUGGAACACGUCAAUCCUGAUCAGUUGCCUGUCGCAUAUGGAGGAACUUUGACCGAUCCCGACGGAAAUCCCAACUGCAUUACAAUGGUGAAUAUGGGAGGGAAAGUUCCUAAAUCCUACUAUUUCAGCUACAAGAAUGAUACUACAAAUAAGAAGUCUUUGUCGAUCCCCAAGGACUCUAAAGAACAAUUAGAAUUCCAAGUAAAAAAAGCUGGCUCCAUUCUCAAAUGGGAUUUCCAUUUAGAGGAAGGUGACAUUGCGUUCGCUGUGUAUCGGAUGGAAGGCAGUGAAUUCAUCUCGAUCGUUCCGCCGAAUCGGGUCGAUUGUGACAUGUCGACCGAAGAAGGAGAGAUCCGUUGUGAUGAGCCUGGUGUCUAUAUCGUCGAAUUCGACAAUAAUGCUAACACCCGCUCAAAGAAGAUUUGGUAUGCCAUUUCGGUAGUGGAUUCCAUCAACCCCAUUGAUUAACCCAAACAGGUUCAACAAAAUCUUAUACUUUUGAUUGAUAGAAACGAAUUGAACCAAAGAAUGGGGCUAAACUAGUGCAUACUUCUAUAGGGGAAAUAAGAAUUAGAAUGUAAGAAUGCCAUUACAAUUCAACUAUGAUAAAGUUAUGGUUUUAGAGGGUUAAAUACGAAAUCAUUUGAUAAGAUAAAACAAUCCAACCCCUUGUAUAUAGUAGAGUAAAAAUUAGUCAAUCGUACAUGUUAUGUUCAUGUAUCAUGUCCAAGGUUUCUCAGUCGUCGAUCUUCGAUCGUCAGAGAAACGUUAUCAUUUGUGACCAUGGAAAAUAAUUCCUUCCAAGAAGAGUAGCUUAAGUUUCGGGGUCCAGAAAAAACAAUGGUUUGGCUAUUGGCUAUGACAAGAAAGAGAAAGGAUACAAGAUAAAUUAAUGGUUGAUUUUCCAAAUCAUGAGCUCCAUGCAAGAUUUAGCGUCUUCGACACAGUUGUGCCCUCCACCUAUUUGAAAUUUAAGUUUCAAUGUUUAAUUAAACUUUUGAUUGAAAGUA